UUUUUUUCCUUUUGAGCGGACUGACCUGUUAAACACGUCAGCCGGAUACAGUAGUUUCCAAUUAGCUUAAUUAGCAGACGAAGGUCCACUUAGCUACCAACUCCAGACGAGUAACUGAAACCAACGGAAGCCCGCCAUUUGGUUUAAAUAUAUAAAUAUAUUCUUUAUUUUUUUGUGAAGACGGUGAAAAUGACGACACAACGGACAGUGUGGCCGACCUUCCCGCUAACAUUACCCUACGAAGUGGUCCUUCCUGGGCCUUCGUACUUGGCCAGUGACUACGCGGGUUUGGUGUUGCCGUCGACGGCGCUACCCUAUUUUUACAAUAAGGUGAUCGAAAAGCAAAAUCAAAAAGAGAGCAGGAAGUUCUUUCUGGACAGGUCUGUGUUCGAUUUGAUAGAAGCUCAUCCCUACCUUGCGCUAACUGACCCAAAGUUGCUGGGCUGGUACCUCUGUUUGUCUCCGGAGGACAGAAAGAUCAUACUAGAUGAAGGAGGGUUUCACCAGUUUCUGCAAAGACAUCCUGCCUUAGAGCUGUCGAGGCAUCAUGUUUAUGUGAAGUAUGACAUUGGAAGUAGGAGCCCUGUCCACCCAACCAUGACAUCCAAUAAGUCUAAAACACCAGGAGCACAGACGUGCAAAUUUGAAAUGCCCCACACACACCUGGAGCUGGAGAUGCUUCACAAUAAUGUGAGGGAGAACUUCACCCUACUUGGCUGUAGCAACAGCAGGGGCGGAUCACAAAAACAUCCAGACGAGAAAGUCUGCCAGCUGAUUCACCUGCAAGACAGUUUCCAUACAGCCUACAACAGCCCCAUCACACAGGAACGGAGCCAUCAGAAGGCCCGUAAAGAGAGGAGUUCACCACUGUCCCAGCUGAACGAAGAGGGGCCAUCAUGGCAGACGGCCAGUAGUAUCAGCAGUGCAGCUGUGCAGGAUCCAGCAGCCCUGUCCAGCUUCUCUCUGGACAUGGAGCUGGAGCGAUGCAGGAAGAGGGAGAAGACUGAGCUCAGGAGACCGUUGUCAAUGACACAAGGCCAGAGUGCAAACUUCACAUAUGCUGAAGUCAGUCCAUUACGGUCAACAAUUGAAUACGAGUCUCCCGAGUACUACAGCUUUGACAGCACUGAAAGGAAUGGUGGAGAGGAUAAUAACAGGAGCGUGGAUCAGGUGAACUGUCCUCUGGGCCCAGUUGAGAAAAGCAGCACAAUAGAAGGGUGUCAGGAUUACAUGGCGUGUGGAAAUGAGUCCACUGUCGACAGUAAUGAAGCCAGUUUAAGCUUAGACAAUCAGAGUGACAACUUCCAUAGCAUCAUGGAGGACGAUAAGAGCAUCCUUGUCUGUCUGGCCGGCGAAGCACAGACAGGUUCAGUCAGCACUAACAGUGAAGCGCUGGCAGACACCAGGGAGGAUGAGAAGUCAGUUCAGUCUCACAUGAAGAUAAGCUCUUCAGAAAAAUACACCUCCCCCAUGCCCGGCGUCCCCACGUGUGACAUUAUGGUCGGCACUGAGCUGACACCGUGUGCGUCGACUUUCACCCAAUCUGAGGAUCCAGAAACAGCUGACAAGAAUGUCAUCACUGAAGUCCACAUGGCAGAUCUGGACUACCUGGCUGAGGAAUUUAUCAAAAUCAGGAAAACUCAAGAAAAACUCAGAGAGCAAAAAGAGAAAAUGAAAGGUUCGGGUUGUAAAUUGGCGAAGGAAUGUGACUGUACCCAGCGUGCUCAGCGAGCAGAGCUGUGCCUCCUGGCCUUGCAGUACAGCAUGUGCAGACAGCACUGCUGGAGACUCUAUUAUACCUCUGCUGAGGGAGGCCAGCUCGCCGCAACACAUGGAGAUAUGAAUCAAUAUGGGCCAAAGGACCCUCCUGCAAACAUGUUAAGUGUUCUGCAGAAACUGGAAUCUGACUGUAAUCAGAUGAGGGAUAAGAUCCUGGAAGGAGUUCCUCUGGAGCAACUUAAACCUCUGACCGUCGACUCUGAGAAGAUAACGGCAGGAGCAAGUUACAUCCCUGCACAGAUCAUCGGCGAUUUGGUGGGAAAUCUUCCUUCUUGGAGCUCCAUGAAACCACAGGAGUGUAAUCCAGCAGGUGAGGAAAGUGGAGGUCCUAGUGAUCAGAGCAGCAGUGGCUGCCAGGACAGUAAGAAACAGGAAAAACAGGUCGAGAGGGACACCACCAGAGCAAGGAGGGCCAACACUCUUGUCCCCCAGGUUAGAUAUGCUAAUCAUGAUGCACACAAGCUGACUGAGAAGCAGACAACUGCAUGCAAAGAGAUCAACACGAGCGAGGCGUGGUACGAUGCUGAAGAAGACUUUGAGUCUGCAGGACCUGCAGUAGCUGCUGAGACGGGACAGGACCCCACAGUGGUCACAGGUGAUGGAACCGAUGAAUCUGCCAGUGAUGAGGCCAAGAGCUCAGCACUCUGUGUUUCCAACCUGCCCAGUAACGUGACGGAGAGUGACGUGAUGCUGUGGUUUGAGAAAUACUGUCCCUCUGAAGUGCGUAUCUCUGCUUCAAAGAACAGCGUGAGAGUCGCCAUAGUGAUGGUAAGUGGCGCCCAAUCUGCCGAGGCUGCAGUGAGAGGGCUGAAUGGCCUCAGCGUGGAAGGCCACACUUUACAUGUGGAGCACAUCGACGGAGCUGCUGGUGGGAGUCGGAGCCAGGCUUCAGCCUCCGUCAGCGAGUCCUCCCAGGAUGCCACCAAACCACAACCGCCCAAGCCCGACCUCAGCAGCACCCGGAGGAAGUUGACGUCUCUGCCGUCUCUGGGCUCCACCUUCAAGCACAGGAAGGUGGUCUGCAUCUCGCCCACGGCUAAGGGAACCUGUGUGCCCCAACACUACGGCACCAUGGGCAGCUUCGACACCCUGAUGGCGGACCUGACGCAGCUCCACCCGGACGUCGGGAGGCAGAGGAUCGUGGACGCCCUGAUGGAGCUGAAGACCAAGCACCACGGCGCCCUCAGCGGCCUGCCCCUCAGGACCAUCAGGGAGAUGACGUCUGAGCUUCUGACCUCGCCGCCGACUGCCACACAGCUGUGAGGAAGCACGGCCCAGAACUGGAGAGUUGUUGGUGGAGACCAGUGAUUUGUUUUGUUAGAACAGCAUCACAAACCCCUCAGAAGCCACAUGUGCCAAGGGAGGGGGAAGCAGCUAAUCUGAAAGCAAUCAGAUUUAAGUUAACCUCAUUAAAAAAGUUACGAUGGUCUUUAAGAGUAGUUCUAAAGGUUUUGUUAUAAUUAUCCCUUGUUUGUAAUUGUUAUUGAGGUUUAUUGUAGCUCCAUGGUUGCAUACACUUGUAUAUGCAGCAGCUUUAUUUGUAUUUUACAUCUGGUUUCAAUAAAAAAAAAAAAAUAUUGAUGAGCAUUUUAUCACCUUUCCUCUG